UAAGGCCACGCCCACAAAGUUCCUAUUGGCUUGUCCGGAGGAUUUUAACCAAUCAGAAAAAAACAGAGCGCUGUAUCCACGUGAGAUGACGUCACCGACUCGUCCUGGGUUGUGCAGGAUGUGCUCCUCGCAGUGACUCCUCCAUAGGACACACCUGUCUAAUCUCAGUCACCGGCCAACCUGUGUGACAGGUGUAAGGGGGAGGUCCACACCCAGGAACCUGCCGAACAACAGCUCCGUUCCCCUGGUCAGAGGGUGGUACCUGGCAGCCCCGUCCAGGAUGUGCAGAUCCUGGAAGUGUGCAGUGUGAUCAGCCGCAGGUUCAGGGAUAGUUCUGUGGCGUUUCGCCCCCUUUACCUCCAAACAUGGACUCCUCCAGACCGGACCUGUUACUUGGUUGUAUAUUUGAGCCACAGGACAAUCUAUUUCAUUCGGAGGGGUUUCCGGGGGCAGAGGCAGCGGUAACGUUCCCAUUACCUGAACCCCAUGGAUAUGACGACUGGCAGGUCAGCGGAAGGGUGGGACUCAGGGACCGAGAAGACGCGGAUGAAUUCCUGCAGAUGAUGAUCAAUCCCAAUGAUGUUUACAGCACAGUGGUGGCCGCCAGCGAGUCCCCCGAGAGUGACAGUGGCUUCUCAGAUGACCCCCGCCCAGACACUCCCACAAAAUGUGAUGGGGGCACCCCUCUGCUCCAGCCGGCCCCAGUCUAUGAGCUGGUGUAUGACAUUGGGGUCAUGGAGGAGCAGAAGGCCACCCGCGACAUGAGCGGCAUCAUAUCUAUACAGCUAGCAGAGGACUGGCACACGCCAGUGCUCAUUCCCGAAACCUGUAUAGUCAAUGAGCUGCCAGGCCUGCGGAAGCCACUGGGACUGCCUGGGCGAGGAUGCACUCCAGACCUGCUCUCUGUGGAGUCUCUGUACCCGGAGCUUCACCUGACAGAUGAGGAAAAGAGACUGCUGUCCCAAGAGGGCAUAGCGCUGCCAAAUAACCUGCCGCUCACUAAGGCAGAAGAACGGAUUCUUAAGAAAGUGCGUAGGAAGAUCAGGAAUAAACAGUCUGCACAGGACAGCCGGAAGCGCAAGAAGGAAUAUAUAGACGGCCUGGAGAGCAGAGUCGCUGCAUGUUCUGCCCAGAAUCAGGAACUUCACAAGAAGGUUCUGGAGUUGGAGAAGCACAACAUAUCACUGAUCACACAACUCCGCAAACUUCAGACUCUCAUCAAGCAGACAGCGAACAAAGCUGCCCAGACCGGUACCUGCGUCCUGAUCCUCUUUUUCUCACUGGGUCUACUGAUCUACCCCAACUACCACCCCCUCCGCUACGGAGCCACCCCCAAUGAUGGAGCCACUUACAUGCCAACUGGAGUCAUAUCCAGAAAUAUUUUAAAUAAAGAUGGAUUCCUGGAGAACACAGAGACUGUGCUGCCUGAAAACCCGGGCCCCGAAGAGCAGCCGCAUGACAAGAUGCUGGAGGAGGUUAUCAGGACCCUGGACGUCACUGAGGAGACAGAGCUGGAGGUCUCAGACGAGAGAGUCCCUCCUGUCAGCACCCCAGAGACCCUGGCGCUGAGCCAGGAGAGUUCUGCUCUGAGGGACAUGUCUAAGACGGGGAGGAUGGACGAGAUGUGACCCAAUGGUGACACCACCAACUGUGAGCGGACAUGUUACAUGAAGACUUUACAGGAGGAGGGAACAUCCGGGGGCUGCGUGCACCUAAAAAAACUGCACAAAGAGGUGACGCACCCCACUGGUGUAUAAGUAAAGUCAAUUGAAGUGAACAAAACUUUAUACAAACCAGGACACUCUACCGCACAUUGAUCGGAGGUGAUCUGAAUCCUGAGUAUCCAUAGUGAUCAGAUGUUCAUAUCAGUGAUGUCAUUCAUGGGGCGGGGCUGUGAUUACAAUGUCAGUAUAUCAGUGAUGUCAUACAGAGGGCAGGGCUGUGAUCAUAGUGUCAUUAUAUUACUAUAUCAGUGAUGUCAUUCAUGGGGCGGGGCUGUGAUUACGUCAGUAUAUCAGUGAUGUCAUACAGAGGGCAGGGCUGUGAUCAUAGUGUCAUUAUAUUACUAUAUCAGUGAUGUAAUUCAUGGGGCGGGGCUGUGAUUACAAUGUCAGUAUAUCAGUGAUGUCAUACAGAGGGCGGGGCGGUGAUCAUAGUGUCAUUAUAAUACUAUAUCAGUGAUGCCAUUCAUGGGGCGGGGCUGUGAUUACGUCAGUAUAUCAGUGCUGUCAUACAGAGGGCGGGGCUGUGAUCAUAGUGUCAUUAUAAUACUAUCAGUGAUGUCAAUCAUGGGGCGGGGCUGUGAUUACAAUGUCAAUGUAUCAGUGAUGUCAUACAGAGGGUGGGAAUGUGAUCAUAGUGUCAUAUUACUAUAUCAGUGAUGUCAUUCAUGGGGCGGGGCUGUGAUUACAAUGUCAAUGUAUCAGUGAUGUCAUACAGAGGGUGGGAAUGUGAUCAUAGUGUCAUUACUAUAUCAGUGAUGUCAUUCAUGGGGCGGGGCUGUGAUUACAAUGUCAAUGUAUCAGUGAUGUCAUACAGAGGGUGGGAAUGUGAUCAUAGUGUCAUAUUACUAUAUCAGUGAUGUCAUUCAUGGGGCGGGGCUGUGAUUACGUCAGUAUAUCAGUGAUGUCAUAAAGAGGGUGGGGCUGUGAUCAUAGUGUCAUUAUAUUACUAUAUCAGUGAUGUCAUUCAUGGGACAGGUUAUCAUAGAUGUCAUACAGGGGGCCGGGCUAUAACUACCUGUCAGACAUGAUAUAAGGUUGGUUGUCAGCAGUAAUAGAUGAAUAGCUGCUCCUGUAGUAUAAAGUUUGUGGAUCUUAUAUCUGAUCAUACUAUUAUUUUAUUGCUAUAUCAGUGAUGUCAUACAGGGGGCGGGGCUGUGAUCAUAGUGUAAUUAUAAUAUAUCAGUGAUUUUAUGCAGGAGGUGGGGCUGUGACUACCUCUCAGACAUAUAGGGGUGGUUCUAGUAGUAUACAGUAUAUAUGACUAUAUUGGUACCCGGUGUGCCGCCAUCGUGUCUCCUCCUGUCACUCGUGCCUCUUUUCUCCUGCUGGACCAGAUUUUCCUGAUAUUCAGAGAGAUGUUUUAUAAUAUUUAUAUGGGGGUCGAUCUAUCAUAGAUGGGGGGGCCCAAUGAUAAUCUCCUGGGAAUAUGAGAUUUGUAAAACAUUUUAAUAAAAAUAUUUCGUUUGUACGUUUCUUGAAGUGGAAAAGUUCUGCGGACAACGACCCUCGGGGUGGCCUUUGUAUCAUGUGACUCAGGUUCUGUGUGCUGAGGCUGAUGAUGGCCCCCCCACUUUAAUUUCCUAUGGGUUCUGCGAGGCUGCUGGCACCAUCUCUCCAACCUUUGCUGUGCAGUUUUGCCUGUUGGGUGCUAGGGCCCGGGAUCUGGUUGAUGUAGAUUGGAAAGGCAUCACAUUGGUUGCCGUCUACCCUUGUUUGGAUCUAAAAUGAUGGUAUGGUUGAUACCUAGGAGGCCCAUGCAACGGCUAUGAUAUUGCGUCCAAUGGAUUUGAAAGAACCCCUCAGCGUCCUCUGCAUAUGUGUCCCCAGAGAAGAAGAGCCACACUUGAGGUUGGGUAUGUUCUUCAUCUUGGGGCACUCACACAUUGGUUUUAGUGAUAGUGCCUCUGAUUAGUCAUGUGCAUCCGCUCUGUCUGUUGGAGAGCUAUCUAGGUUGUCCUCUGGUUAUCAGCCUCUCUGCAAUAAUGUUACCGAAGGCCUCCUUUGGUGUUGAUCUACCUACCUCAGCUAUUCUUUUUAUGGGUUCGAGGCUCAUCACAAGUGAUCAAGGGUGUAAAGUCCCCCCAAAAAAGCAUUCAAAUUCCAAUUAAGUCUCAUUCUAGGCGUAAAACCCCCCAGGAGUGAGGAACCAUCUUCAUCUUUUGGAUUUUUGACUGAGGUUAUGAAUAAGUACCAUCUAUUUCAUUGGAACCAUGUCAGCAUCGAAGUGGUUUCCAUAAAGACGAAACCCGGCAAAGUCAUUAAGGAGAAGGGCGUAUGCGCAGGGGUUCUUCUUAUCAUCCGGUAUUAAAGGGGUACUCCAGUGGAAAACAAAAAUGCUUUCAAAUCAACUGGUGGCAGAAAGUUAUACAGAUUUAAAAAAUGUUGCACCUUCCAGUACUUAGCUGCUGUAUGCUCCACAGGAAGUUGUGUAGUUCUUUCCAGUCUGACCACAGUGAUCUCUGCUGACACCUCUGCCCAUUUCAGGAACUGUCCAGAGCAGGAGAGGUUGUAAGUUGUGGCCCGACCCUACAUUUGCUGACCUGGACUGACAGCUGAGGAAAGAAGAGGAAGAAUCAAUUUUACCCAACCAAUUUUGCCCACGUUGUAAGGCAUUAGCCAUGUUUCCUGCCCUUUAUUCCCUCUAUUUUCGGUUACAUGAUGGUUCUCGAGAGCAUGCUAUUUACUGAAGGGGCUGUAUACUAAAUGUGUCUCAUUAUAUCUAAUUGGGUGCUAACCAAUCAGGUACUUCUGUCCACAGUAGGGGGUGGAGCUUAACUGUUGGCGCUGCCUUUAGGCUUGAUUCUUUCCCUCCCUCUGGACAGCUCCCCUUAUGUCAGAUAAGACAGUGAGUGGACCUUAGCGUGUGUGUGUGAGGUGACAUGAACAUUCAUGUCUAUUCAUAGGAUCCAGGGUUAAAGUAACUCCUCCUCCCUGUGUGCAAGCCACGCCCAUAAUCUAAGAGACCUCCA